AAAAAAAAAAAAAAAGCAAUAGCGGGAAAAGGAAACUUAAUGGCGGGAAGUCAUUUAGUGUUCGAAGCGAGGGGCUAUAAAAUCAAAUCUGCUACGGCCGCUCAUCCCCAAAUUAAAAUCAAAAUCUCCACCCAAAAAGAGCGAUAGAUCUUGGGGAUAUCUAUCAGAUUAGAGAUGUUCUCCGCGAGCCAAUUCGACGCCACCAAUGCAUUUUCUGGGGGUGGAUUUAUGUCAUCUCAGCUCACCGAUUCCACCCCUUCUGCUGCAAAGAGUCGCGAAACUCAUGGCCUGGUUCCCGUGACGGUGAAGCAGAUAAGCGAGGCUUAUCAAUCUGGCGACGAAAAAUCAAAUUUCGAGAUCAACGGUGUUGACAUUUCCAAUGUUACUUUGGUUGGAAUGGUGUUUAACAAGACUGAAAGAAACACUGACGUCAAUUUCACUCUGGAUGAUGGAACUGGACGGAUUGGAUGUAGAAGAUGGGUGAAUGAGGUAUUUGAUACAAGGGAAAUGGAGGAAGUACAGGAUGGCAUGUAUGUUCGUGUUAAUGGGCACUUGAAGAUAUUUCAAGGCAAUCGCCAACUGGUUGCCUUCUCCGUAAGGCCUGUGACAAACUUUGAUGAAAUUGCGUUUCACUUUAUUGAAUGCAUACAUAACCAUUUGCAGAGUUCUAAAAUACGGCAGCAAGGAAGUGAUACAACUCAUUCUCAGUCUAAAGACUCAUCUCUGAGCACUCCUGUGAGUAGUGGAUCUAAUGGAUAUCAGACAGCCUCAUCUAGUCAAUUCUCUGGUCAAUUUAAUACCGAUGGAGUAAAGAGCUGCGAUCAGUUGGUUCUUGACUAUCUACAGCAGCCUUCAAGCAUUGGGAAGGAAAAGGGGAUUCAUAAAGAUGAACUUUCCCAACAGCUAAAAGUUCCUAUGGCAAAGAUUACGGAAGCCAUCAGAGCACUUGAAGAGGAAGGUUUGAUAUAUUCGACAAUCGAUGAGUUUCACUACAAGUCAGCUCAAUAUGGUUGAGUAUUUCAAAAUUUAACUUCACCUAGACAAACAGACCUAUAUAUAGGAAUGCUGUUAGUGUAAAUUAAGUUUGCCUUCCCCCCCCCCCAACCUUCUACAGUAUUUAGUUUGUUUUGGUUGUUCUAGUAGUAGAUAUUUUGCGAAGUGCUGCAAUUACUCAUUUGAUGUCUUUGGUAAACUUACAAGCUACGCCUACAUGUAUUGCUAGUUUUUAUGAAGUAAAUUUUUGGUGUUCUAAGGAUUA